GCGGAGAAUUUCCGGAGCAAGCGGAAGCACUGCUGUCAGUUUUUUGAAAGAACGGAAAGACCGAACAACUGUACUGGCUCAUGGCUGAGGCAAGUGAGAAUCCCUCGGUGGAGGUCGAGGCGCUGGCCGCGGCCCGAGAGCGAAACAGCCGCUUCUUGGGCGGCCUGGAGCUGGUGAAGCAGGGCGCCGAAGCGCGCGUGUUCCGCGGCCUCUUCCUGGGCCGCGCAGCCGUGAUAAAGCACCGCUUCCCCAAAGGUUACCGGCACCCGGCGCUGGAGGCGCGGCUCAGCCGGCGGCGGACCGUACAGGAGGCCCGGGCGCUGCUCCGCUGCCGCCGUGUAGGGAUAUCUGCACCAGUUGUCUUUUUUGUGGACUAUGCCUCUAACUGCUUAUAUAUGGAAGAAAUCGAAGGGGCACUGACGGUUCGCGAUUAUAUUCAAUCCACUAUGGAGACUGAAAAGACUCCCGAAAGCCUCUUGGGCUUAGCCAAGAGAGUUGGGCAGGUUUUGGCUAGAAUGCACGAUGAAGACCUCAUACACGGUGACCUCACCACCUCCAACAUGCUCCUGAAGCCCCCUCUGGAACAGCUGAACAUUGUGCUCAUAGACUUCGGGCUGAGUUUCAUUUCAGGACUUCCGGAAGAUAAGGGAGUAGAUCUCUACGUGCUAGAGAAAGCCUUCCUCAGCACCCACCCCAACACUGAGAGCGUGUUCAAAGCCUUUUUGAAGAGCUACUCCACCUCCUCCAAAAAGUCCAAGCCAGUACUAAAAAAACUAGAUGAAGUGCGCUUGAGAGGAAGAAAGCGGUCCAUGGUUGGGUAGAGGAAUGUGUGCGACCGUCACGCGUAGUGAGGCUUUUUUCUGAGUAGAUUUGAAAUGUAAGUAAAGGAGCUGUGAUAUUUUAA